AUGGAAGGCGAAGUUCCUUCAACUUCAACUGGCAGUGUUAUAGAAAUAAAGGUAGUGUAAGUUUAUGUUUCCUAGGUAUUAGUAUAAUUAGAAAUUUAUUUCCUUGCUAGUAUGGGAUACCCGGUGUUUAAUAAUACAACAUUAAACCGGGCAAAAACGUCUCUACACGAUUAUAAAUCCUUCAUGAAGUUGUAAAUCUAUAAGCAUAAAACUGGGCCUGAAGUAAUUUUCAAUUUGGAUUCGCGAGUUACCUCCAGCAUUUUUAAACAAGAAUUCAUAGUUUACUGGUACACAUGUCGUAGCCUAGCUAUCUAAAUAAAUACGUGUCUAUGGCUAGACCCAGAGGGCUAGACCAUGCACUUUCAUUAUGAUUUUUAUACUAGGCAAACAUAUAUUCAUAAAUUAUCAAUACACACAAAAGUGAGCACAACACGCCAAAACAUCAUGAAAGUUUUGACAGGUAUUUCCGUAUACUUUAUACAACAGAAUAAAAGUUUGAAGGCGCUGUAUGGGAAAAAUAAAGCAUCAGCAAAAAAGAUUCAAGCAGCGAAAAUGUUUGGAAAAAGCCAUUCGAACAUAAAGUGUAUUGCCAAGGCUCUACAAGUGGAAAUUCCAACAGCCGAAGUAUACCUAAUUGAUGCCUAUUGUGCUGGAGCUCCAAUGGUAUCAAUAGAAAAGCUAUCUAGUGAAUUGAACAUUCACAGUCAUCUUACCAAUACGAUUGCUCGUCUAAUUGAACAGGGUUUACCGACUCUUCGGCAGAUCAGAGAUGCUCUCAAUCGAAAAGUUUCAUACAACCAGAUCAAAGUGGUUUUAGCAGGCAUGAUCAGAGACGAACUUGACAGAAUAUGUAAACGUGCAAGAUUAAGGACCAGCAAAAAAGUUUUACAUACUUAA